UCACUCGUAUAACCCCUCCCGUCUGCUUCGUCGCCAUCUCCCUCUCUGUUACAAAGGCGUUAAGUAGAGAAUAGUUCUCCAAACUCCAAAUGGAAGCUAAAACCAUGGCAAUGUCUCUCGCUAGUAACCGCUCGUUGAUCUUCCCGACUUAUCCUCGCUCUUCCUUCGUUCCUACUUCUCGUUUCUCCCGCCUCCCGCUGAAGCGUGCUUGUAUAGGCGUCGAUGGCUUCCGUGGAUCGGCUCUGACUCGGUGGAAUCCGAUUGUUUCGAAUCGCCGACGACUCGUCCCUGUUCGUGCAACUAACUCGGAAGGAUCUCUAGGUUUAGAGAAGGUUAAGGAAUACGAAGAAUGGGAUUCAUGGACGGCCAAGUUCUCCGGCGGAGCGAAUAUUCCGUUUCUGAUGCUGCAAUUGCCGCAGAUCAUCCUCAAUGCUCAGAAUCUUAUGGCGGGAAACAACACCGCACUUUCGGCUGUCCCAUGGCUGGGGAUGUUGACUGGUUUGUUAGGAAACCUUUCGUUGCUUUCUUAUUUCGCAAAGAAGAGAGAAAAAGAAGCUGCUAUUGUGCAAACACUCGGAGUCAUCUCCACUCACGUUGUCCUUUCCCAGCUCACCGUGGCUGGAGCUAUGCCUUUGCCGUUUUUUGUUGCUGCUUCAGCUGUUGUUACCCUUGGUAUUAUAUUGAACGCUUUGUUCUAUUUUGGUAAGCUUAGUACGACUCUGUGGCGACUGUGGGAAGAUUUUAUCACUGUUGGUGGACUCUGUGUUCUACCUCAAGUCAUGUGGUCUACUUUUGUCCCUCUUGUACCAAACAGUAUCUUGCCUGGGACAACUGCUUUUGUUAUUGCUGUAGCCGCUGUGUUUAUGGCUCGAACCGGCAAACUCUCAGAGGAAGGUGUUAAAUUUGUCGAGUCUUUAUCUGGAUGGACAGCGACACUUAUGUUCAUGUGGAUGCCAGUUUCCCAAAUGUGGACAAAUUUCCUAAGUCCAGACAACAUAAAAGGCUUAUCGCCAAUCACAAUGUUGCUUUCGAUGAUGGGGAACGGGCUUAUGCUUCCAAGAGCAUUAUUUAUCCGUGAUUUGAUGUGGUUUACUGGUUCAAUAUGGGCAACUCUCUUUUAUGGAUAUGGAAACAUUCUGUGCUUAUACCUGUCUAACUGCACGAGCAAGUCAUUUUUUGCAGCAUCCACAAUUGGUUUGAUCUCAUGGAUAGGACUUGCUUUAUGGAGAGAUUCAGCAGCCCAUGGUCACAGCUCUCCGUUUAGAUCAUUGAAGGAGUUGGUGUUUGGGUCAUAACUCAAUAGAAGCUUAAACACCGUUGGUUUGCUUCAAGCAAGUACACAGAGGGAGGAUUACUUGAUUGUAUCAAGGAGACCAAGCCAUGUAUUUUAUUUAUGUUAUUUGUAUUUGUCCCAAGCUCCUAUAUAAAACGCAUAUUUAGUGCCACUUCAUUACUUAAGCUUAAUCACACUAAACCAUAUAAAUUUGUUAAUUCCUCCCUACUCCUACGAUAUUUUAUGUUAUGAAGAAUAAAAACU